UGCGGCGAUCCGCCCCCUCCCGGUCCCCCGCUGGGUAGUGGGGGCGGCCACGAGCGUGAUGGGGACCGCCUCGUCGCUAGUGAGCCCCGCAGGCGGGGAGGUGAUCGAGGACACUUAUGGGGCGGGCGGCGGCGAGGCCUGCGAGAUCCCGGUAGAGGUGAAGCCCAAGGCCCGCCUGCUGCGCAGCUCGUUCCGCCGCGGGGGGCGGCGGCGGCGGGCGGCGGCGGCGGCGGGGGCCGGGCCCGGGUCGCUGACCCGCGGGGCGGGAGGAGGCGGGCUGCUGGGGGCUAGCUUUAGGUCUACGGGUUCAUCGGUGCCGGAGCUGGAGUACGCGGCAGCCGAAUACGAGCGGCUCAAGAAGGAAUACGAGAUCUUCCGGGUCAGCAAGAACCAGGAGUUGUUGUCCAUGGGCCGCCGCGAGGCCAAGCUGGACACGGAGAACAAGCGGCUGCGGGCGGAGCUGCAGGCCCUUCAAAAAACUUACCAGAAAAUACUUCGGGAAAAGGAAAGUGCUUUAGAAGCAAAAUACCAAGCAAUGGAGAGGGCAGCGACAUUUGAACAUGAUAGAGAUAAAGUGAAAAGGCAAUUCAAGAUUUUUAGGGAGACCAAAGAAAAUGAAAUUCAGGACUUACUGAGGGCUAAGAGAGAGUUGGAGAGCAAACUUCAGAGGCUCCAGGCUCAGGGCAUCCAAGUAUUUGAUCCUGGAGAGUCUGAUUCAGAUGACAACUGUACAGAUGUUACUGCUGCUGGAACCCAAUGUGAGUAUUGGACUGGAGGAGCCUUGGGAAGUGAACCUUCCAUAGGGAGUAUGAUCCAGCUCCAGCAGUCCUUCAGAGGCCCUGAAUUUGCCCAUAGUUCCAUAGAUGUGGAAGGACCCUUUGCAAAUGUCAACAAAGAUGACUGGGAUAUUGCUGUAGCUAGUUUAUUACAAGUUACUCCCUUGUUUUCACAUUCUCUGUGGAGUAACGCUGUCAGAUGUUACCUUAUUUAUACAGAUGAAACCCGACCUGAAGUGGAUCUUUUCCUUAAGGACUAUUCACCUAAACUUAAAAGAAUGUGUGAGACAAUGGGAUAUUUUUUCCAUGCUAUAUAUUUUCCAAUAGAUAUUGAAAAUAAAUACCUUGCUGUAAGAAAAUGGGAAAUUGAGAAGAGUUCAUUAGUUAUUUUAUUCAUUCAUUUAACUUUACCAAGCCUUUUAUUGGAAGACUGUGAAGAAGCCUUUCUGAAAAACCCUGAAGGCAAACCACGAUUAAUUUAUCAUCGCUUGGAGGAUGGGAAAGUCAGUUCUGAGUCUGUCCAGCAAUUGAUUGAUCAAGUUUCUAACCUGAACAAGACCAGCAAAGCCAAGAUCAUUGAUCACUCUGGUGAUCCUGCAGAAGGAGUAUAUAAAACUUAUAUUUAUGUGGAAAAGAUUAUUAAACAGGACAUCUUGGGCUUUGAAAACACAGACCGGGAGACUAAAGAUUUGGGCAGUGAAGAUUCUAUUCCAGAAGAAGAUGAUUUUGGCGAUGUUCUGUGGGACAUACAUGAUGAGCAAGAGCAAAUGGAAACUUUUCAACAGGCUUCAAAUUCAGCCCAUGAGUUGGGAUUUGAGAAAUAUUACCAACGCCUUAAUGAUCUAGUGGCAGCACCAGCACCAAUUCCACCGCUUCUGGUAUCUGGAGGACCAGGUUCUGGAAAGUCCCUUCUCUUAUCAAAGUGGAUUCAGUUACAGCAAAAGAAUUCCCCUAACACGUUAAUUCUUUCUCAUUUUGUGGGAAGGCCCAUGUCAACCAGCUCUGAGUCCUCCUUGAUUAUUAAACGACUAACUCUAAAGUUGAUGCAGCACUCUUGGUCAGUAUCUGCUCUGACGUUGGAUCCGGCCAAGCUUCUGGAAGAAUUUCCACGCUGGCUAGAAAAACUCUCUGCCCGUCACCAAGGCAGCAUCAUCAUCAUUAUUGAUUCUAUAGAUCAAGUUCAGCAAGUUGAAAAACACAUGAAAUGGCUGAUAGAUCCACUGCCAGUGAAUGUAAGAGUAAUUGUUUCUGUGAAUGUAGAAACAUGCCCUCCAGCAUGGAGGUUGUGGCCUACACUUCAUCUUGAUCCUUUAAAUCCAAAAGAUGCGAAAUCUAUUAUAAUUGCAGAAUGCCACUCUGUGGACAUUACAUUGAGUAAAGAGCAGGAGAAGAAGCUAGAACGACACUGUCGUUCUGCUACAACCUGCAAUGCCCUUUAUGUCACCCUUUUCGGCAAAAUGAUCACACAUGCUGGGAGAGCAGGCAAUUUAGAUAAAAUCCUUCAUCAGUGUUUCCAGUGUCAAGAUACUAUUUCAUUAUACAGACUUGCUCUGCGAUCUAUCCAGGAGUCCAUGGCAAGUGAUGUGGAUAAAGAACUAAUGAAACAGAUUCUCUGUCUAAUAAAUGUUAGUCACAAUGGCAUAAAUGAAUCAGAACUGAUGGAACUCUACCCUGAGCUUUCCUGGGCUGUCUUGACCUCUCUAAUUCACAGUUUACACAAAAUGAGCUUAUUGACUUACGGUUGUGGCUUGCUCAAGUUUCAACAUCUACAGGCUUGGGAAACAGUGAGACUAGAAUAUAUGGAAGGUCCCACCAUUAUUUCUUCAUGUAGGCAAAAGCUAAUCAACUAUUUUACCAUGCAGCUGAGUCAGGACCCAGUGACCUGGAGGAGUGCAGAUGAGCUCCCUUGGCUUUUUCAGCAGCAGGGAAGUAAACAGAAGCUGCAUGAUUGCCUUCUCAAUCUCUUUGUGUCUCAAAACCUUUAUAAAAGAGGACACUUUGCUGAGUUGCUGAGUUACUGGCAGUUUGUUGGCAAAGACAAAAGCGCAAUGGCAGCAGAAUACUUUGAUUCAUUGAAGCAAUAUGAGAAAAACUGUGAAGGCGAGGAGAAUAUGAUUUGCUUGGCUGAUCUUUAUGAAACCCUGGGGCGAUUUCUCAAGGAUCUAGGCCUCCUCAGUCAGGCUGUGGUGCCUUUGCAGAGGUCUCUAGAAAUUCGAGAAACAGCUUUAGAUCCAGAUCACCCAAGAGUAGCUCAGUCCCUCCACCAACUAGCAAGUGUAUACGUGCACUGGAAGAAGUUUGGCAAUGCAGAACAGCUGUAUAAACAGGCAUUAGAAAUCUCAGAAAAUGCCUAUGGUGCGGAACAUCCACAUAUUGCUCGUGAACUUGAGGCACUUGCAACUUUGUACCAGAAACAAAAUAAAUACGAACAAGCUGAACAUUUUAGGAAAAAAUCCUUUAAAAUUCGUCAGAAAGCUACAAGGAGAAAAGGCAACUCGUAUGGAUUUGCCCUUUUACGUAGACGAGCCCUGCAGUUGGAAGAGCUCACUUUAGGUAAAGACACGCCUGACAAUGCUCGGACCCUCAAUGAGCUGGGUGUUCUCUACUAUCUUCAGAAUAACCUAGAAACAGCUGACCAGUUUCUGAAGCGGUCCUUAGAAAUGAGAGAGCGAGUUCUAGGACCAGAUCACCCCGACUGUGCCCAGUCUUUAAAUAAUCUGGCAGCUCUAUGCAAUGAGAAGAAACAGUACGAUAAAGCAGAAGAACUCUAUGAAAGAGCUUUAGACAUCCGGAGACGAGCAUUAGCUCCUGAUCAUCCUUCUUUGGCCUAUACAGUGAAACAUCUUGCAAUCUUAUAUAAGAAAAUGGGGAAACUUGACAAAGCUGUACCUUUGUAUGAGCUGGCAGUUGAAAUUCGGCAGAAAUCCUUUGGCCCAAAACACCCUAGUGUAGCUACUGCCCUGGUGAACUUAGCUGUUCUCUAUUGCCAAAUGAAAAAACACAUGGAAGCCUUGCCAUUGUAUGAAAGAGCAUUAAAGAUUUAUGAAGACAGCCUGGGUCGGAUGCAUCCUCGAGUUGGAGAAACAUUAAAAAAUUUAGCAGUGCUUAGCUAUGAAGAAGGGGAUUUUGAAAAAGCUGCUGAACUAUACAAAAGGGCGAUGGAAAUAAAAGAAGCAGAAACCUCACUUUUGGGCGGAAAAGCUCCUUCCCGACACUCAAGUGGAGACACAUUUAGCUUAAAAACAACCCAUUCUCCUAAUGUUUUCCUUCAUCAAGGACAGAGGUAAUAGCAAUUACAAUUCAUUGCAAAUGUACCUUAGGAUAAAAUAAUUAGGAAACAUAUGGAACCUAAGAAUGUAAAACAUAAAAAGAUGUUAUUUUUGUGAUUUAACUGAUACUUGCAUGAAAGUACAUUGGACUACAUUAAAGUUUGAGUCAUGAUUGUGUCAGUGUAGCUGCUUAAAAGAAAUCAACUUUCAAAAAAAAAAUCAACUUUCCUAUUGUACGAGGUCCAUGGAUGUUGGACACAUUAGAACCCUAAGAUGACAUGAAGAAUGGAUCAUGAAAGUCUUUGUUCAACAAGAGCUAGCAGAGCUGCUAAGACAAGUUCAAUUCCAUAAUUCUUUCAUCUCUCAAGAGCUGUGUUGGCCUCAGCAUUCCUGGUUAUGCUUUUCAGCAGUAGCCUGGCCCAAUUGUCUACCUCAAAAGUUUCAAGGAAUAAAAGGAUAAUGUUUGUUUAUGAAAGGUUUGAAUUGUCUUCUGUAAAAUGAAUAAUGGUUGUCUGUUACAUUUUUUAAAAUUCUAGCCUUUCCAUGAGCAGACUAGGCUAAGCCCUCUGCUUUCUAUGCUCUCUACAUUGUUCUUUUAUAUGUACCUGCAUGAUCUGAAGUUAUUAAUGCAGUAAUAAGUCAAGCUCUUAGCAUUCUUUGACCUUCCCUAAGAUAGGGACAUGACAAUCUCCUUUCUUAAAUGGCCUAAACCUCUCUCUUCAUUUAUCUCAAACUAAUGUCAAUUUUAUAUUGAAAAGGAAAUGUUUUACAGGUUUUAUAAAUGUUUUCAUAGUUCAGUUUUGCACCAUUUAUAUAUUUAUAAUAAAAUCGAUUUUAAUACUUGUAAGAUUCCAACAUUUUAAUUAUAAAGGUGAAAGAUGUAAUAACCAUACUUCGUUUUAAACGUGCAAUUUCAACAUAUUUUCCCCACUUCAGUUUAUACAAGAGUUUGAACAGUACAAAAAAUACUUGAAUGUUAUCAAUACUGAGUGGUUUUCUCAAAAGUUUUGGUGACUUUAUAGGGUUUUGUUUAAUCUUCUGUAAGGCAUGGCUACACACAGGGUGGUCCAUGAACCAGGAUCAUCAGUACCACCUGGGAGCUUAUGAAAAAUUAAGACUCUAGAUACUCUCCUCAGAACUAUUGAAUCAGAACCUGCAAUUUGGCUAGAUCUCCAGGUGAUUCAUACGCACCUAAGUCUGAGAAGCAAUGGUCUGAUUCUCAGGCACUAUAAUGGUGACUGAGAAGAAAUUUGGUAGGAAAUGAGCAUCCCCCUUUUGAGAGAAGUUCAAAAGGAAAUAAGAUAAAAUAUGACCAAAGCACAUCUUUGAGAGUUUGCCAGCUAUAAAAGGCACAAAGUAAAUUCACAAAUUACCAUACACUGAUUUCAGAUUUAAGCUACUAGAGUGUAAGAUUUAAUACAUUAUAAGUAGUAUAUUAAGUUUAAUGCCUUUAAAAAACUGCUUUAGGAAGUAAUCUAACAUUCUAGGAGCCUGAAAAAAGGAAAAACCAGCAAAAGAAUAAUAGGCAUUCUUUGUUCCUACAAAUUUGGACUUGAAAAACAUAAGUAGAAACAUAGUAGUCAAAGUGAUUUAUGGCAGAAAUUCAUUAAUUACAGUUGGGGGUUAAUGACUGCAUAUAUUUCACAAAGUUUAAGUUUAAAUAUACUUUUGAAAGCAUAUUUUGAUCUUACUACUUAUACCAACUCAAAUGUUUUGAUCUUUUUACUUAUUGUACUACCAACUCAAAUGUUUUCAUGUAAAAUGCCUACUUAAAAGAUAAAAAUAGCUAGAACAGACAUCUUUUUGUAUUUGAGGUUCUCAGAUAUAUGUUCACAUUGAUACACACCUUUGCAAUGAAAAAGGUAGCUUUCAGACUACUCAAAUAUAUGUGAAUUGGUGGGAACCAAAAAAUGGUGGUUGUAGUUCAUUUUCAUUAAUACUUUGCAAAAAGACAAAUAUGGGGGAAAAUACAAUGGAGGGUUAAAGUUUCCUUAAUAUUCUUAAAUGGUCAUUACCUUUUUGUGUUGAUCAGCAUGUUUAUAGGUAUUCAAGGAGUAUUUUUAUGAGAAAACCUAGAAUACAUAUUUUUUACUACAUAAAACAUUUUAGUACAUAAAUUAACUUCCCAUUAACAACAGGGAAGGGGUUAAAGCUAAACAUGGUUUUACUAUAAUUUAGAGCUUUUGUGCUAAAGCAAUUUGGGGAGUGUGUUUCCUUCUUUCACAUUAGAAAUAACAGUCUUUAUAAAUAUGGUCAACCACUAUGGGUUUAUUUAGUAAUGACUCAGUGAUGAUUAAUUUCUUAUAAUCAGCUCCUGUAAGUUUUCAUGGCAUACAGACUUUCAAGAGAGCAUUCCAGGUAGCAAAAGACACCUGUUACCAGAUUUUUUUUGGGGGGGGUAAAAUAAUUCAACUAUUUUUUAAUGGAAGACGUUAGACAAAUUAGGUAACUUAGAUAAAAGAGUUGGUACAGUAUAAGACACCAGCAAUGUGCAAUGCCAUGUUAAGAACAAAGGCUAUUAUACUUUAUCCAACUAUACAAUUUUUAAAUUAUAAGCAAAGCCAAGUCUGACUUUAGGCCCCGUAUUGGGCUCCACACUGGAGUGGAGCUUUUAUAUAGCAAAGCCUUACCAAAUCAAUAUACUAGAAGUUCCAAAGAAGUGGGGUUAUUUUUAGACUACAUUUCUUUUUUGAAAUUCAAAACAUUUCAGGUAACUAGAAAAAUACUUUUACAGAUGAAUUCACUAAUUUUUGUUUAAUGGCAAAUGACCUACCAAG